UGUUUUCGGCAAGUUCCAGGCAAUUCGAGCACGGAACAGAAUGAUCGAGGUUGUGUGUAACGACCGUCUGGGCAAAAAAGUCCGUGUUAAGUGCAACACCGAUGACACCAUCGGCGACCUCAAGAAGCUGAUUGCGGCCCAGACGGGAACCCGUUGGAACAAGAUCGUGUUGAAGAAGUGGUACACGAUUUUCAAGGACCACGUGUCUCUGGGGGACUAUGAAAUCCAUGAUGGCAUGAACUUGGAGCUCUAUUAUCAGUAGAGCAG